AUGUCUGUUAUAGGUGAAGGCGAGUCACCGACGAACGCGAAGAACGCUGCUGUUACUGCUGCAUGGAGGGGCUCCAAGGUACCCGGUGUGAGCAAGAGGUCUGAUGGACUGGUGGCCUUGGACUCGAGCGUUUCAAUGGAUGACUGGGUCAUUGGAGUUGUUCCGGAGGACGAGCUUAGUUCAUUUCCCAAGUGGGAGCCGUGUGAACGCCGGCAGUCGCACUGCGAUUCCGGUUAA